AUGAACGCCCAGUUGCUGACAGCUCAAGAAAAGAGCCGAAAUGUUCAUCGAAUCAUGGAGAAGACAAAGAAGAAAGCUGAAAAUAUCGUGCAAUUCCACUCCGAUCGAGCCAUGACACUGCGGAAGGAGGCCAUGGAAAGAGAGCAUAAACUUCGAGAGCAAACGGAGCAGCUCAAAGCGAAACUUUAUUACUCGACGGCUGAAUAUUCCGAGAUCAGAGCAAUCAAUGAGCAAAACAUGGAUAGUUUGCGGAAGGAGUUGCAGGAGCAACAUGCCGAACUAAUGGAAAAGCUCACAGUCAGGCUCACGGACGUGGACAACUACGAGAUCAGAGUUGGCAAUCGGCAGAGCCUUGAGCAUUUGCAACUUCAAUUCGGUUCGGUGCAAGUGGAAGCAAAUACCUACAAGAAUCAGUUGUCGGUCUGUGAGAAGAAAAUCGAUGAGCUCAAGAAGUUCCACUCUGAUUUUGUGAAGAUGGAGGCGAAAAGGCUUCAGGCGGAGAAGCAGAAGAUUGUCGAGAAAGCCCAAAAAGGGGUGAAGGCGGAAGUCGAGCGUCUAGCCGGCAGGGUGAAAGCGUUGAAGGCCCAUCUACCGGCGACUCAGGCUUGCGUUGUCUAA